AUGGGACCUGCGCAAGAGAUCGACCUCUGGUCGAAGUUUACGAGUGACAUUCUGUUAGAGGUCCGAACCAGCAUGAUGAAGAAGAUGCCCGGGUUAGAGGUCGAAUCUGGAAUAGACAAAACCUUGAGGGAAGGGCCAGUCCGUGUCUCUUUACUUGGCCUCGAGGCGGACGAGCAUGACCCGACCUUCCAUGGCGGCCCCGACAAGGCAAUUCACGGCUAUUGCUCCUCACACUAUCCUGGCUGGGCCAAAGAGUAUCCUGCAGCAGCAGAUCGCUUCAAGCCGGGUGCAUUCGGUGAAAAUUUUGUCACAAAACAUAUGAAUGAGCGGAACGUCUGCAUCGGAGACGUCAUCGCUGUUGGCGACGAGGUCGUGCUUCAAGUCAGCCUACCGCGCCAACCAUGCUACAAGCUAAACCACCGGUUCCAGCUCAAGAACUUUGCUCCGACAACGUUCAAGACCAGCAGGACCGGCUGGUAUUAUCGGGUACUCAAGGAAGGCACUGUUAAGGCAGGCGACGAGAUCAGGCUCGUUGAGCGGAAGUGGCCCAAGUGGACCAUUGAGAGGAUUCAGGAAUAUUUGCACAGGAACCAGGCGGACUUGGCCAUGAACGAGGAGUUGGCGGCGGUCGAGGAGUUGGGCAAGGAGAGUCGCGGUGCCUUCCAGCGACGAGUGGCCAAGGCCAAGGCUCAGGAGAAGAGGGAAAAGGGCGAUAAAUGGCGCAACUUCAAAAUUAUCGAGAAGUCGAUGCAAACCCCGCGAAUCGCACUUUUUGUUGUCGAGGCUACUGUCAAACCGGAUGAGAAGCCUGAGUAUCUACAGCCCGGAGCCCACGCAAAGCUCAAGCUUCCCAACGGCCUCCUUCGGUCUUACUCGAUUGUUUCUGGAAACCGCAACAAAUUCGAACUCGGUGUGGCCCUGGAGGCCCAGAGUCGUGGGGGGUCCCGUUACCUCCACGAGUCCAUGGCUGUUGGAGACGUUCUCCAGGUCGGGAGGAUCACCACCGACGUACAGGUCGCCAGUGCCUCGAGCAAUCACGUCUUCAUAGUCGGCGGCAUCGGCAUUACCGCCUUCCUGGCUCUCGCCGAGGCCUACCACAAAGUUCACUACAACUUUGAGAUGCAUUACGCCGUACGUUCGGCCGACGACGUGCCUUUCAGACCACGCUUGGAAGCCCUCGGCGGCAGCGUGCGACUGUACGACAGGUCCGCAGGGGAGAGGAUGGAUAUCGGCCACAUCAUGCGGACGCUCAAGUGGAACAGCCAUGUCUACGUUUGCGGACCUACACGAAUGAUGGAGGCCGCAAGGAAAGCGGCAGAGGAGUGCGGUCUCGACGAGAGCGACGUUCACUACGAAGUAUUCUCUGCAGACACGUCAGGAGACCCGUUCGAGGUAGAUGUUAUAAACCGAGAGGGCAAGGUGCUCAAGGUUGGGGGGGAGGAGACGCUGUUGGAGGUUCUCAAACGAGAGGUCGGGGAAGAUAUCGAAAGCAGCUGCGAGGUCGGCAACUGCGGAACGUGCAAGGUCGGACUGAAAAGCGGCCGGGUUGACCACAGGGGCACGGCUUUGACUCCCGAGGACAAGGUCGGAUCGAUGUUGAGUUGCGUGAGCCGCGGCAUCGGAAGAAUCUCCAUUGAGGUCUGA